UAUAAAACGUACUUAGUAAAAUCAUUUAAAGUGAUUCUGUCAUUGCUAUUUGUUUUACAGUUUUCUGUGCAAUGUACUGAACAAUGUCACAAUACCAGUAUCUGUAUUAUGGAACAUCAGUCCCCUCCCCCACGUCUGACACUUUGUUUAAAGUUUCAUUUUUAGUUACAAGGUUACUUCAAUGUAGUGAAGUAGGCUUAGAUUUUACUAAUGCUUAUGCAAUUUUAGCUGGGUAAAUUCCCCAGUGGGGCACUUUUCAUUAUUGAUUCUUUUCAGAUUUGUGUUUUUUACCAAGAACGACUUUUCUUACAAUAUAUAUACAUAUAAAGCAUUCACAAAUAACAUGUUUCUAAUGGUAAAUAUACAUAUUUCAUCGUCUCUUCUGAAGUUGUUAUUAUUAAUUUAAUUUUAAUUGUCCUAGUGCGGCAUUCUCAUUAUAUUCAUUUUUUACAAAUAUCAUCAAUGCUUCUAUUUUUUAUAAAUAUCUCAGCAGAAUAUUGUUGGGGAGAUACCAUAGAAAACAAAUAAAGACUUUUUUGUACUUCAUUGGGUGAAUAGUCCUUUAAAACCUAAGUGGGGUUGGCUUACGGUCAGAUAAGCAAUCCACAGGCUGAUGGAUAUGCCUGAUAGCAACCACACGCACACGUCAACACAAUGGGCACUAAGGCUCAACAGGCCACAACAUCCCAAUCCCCUCCUCAGUGCUCUACUUAUGCUCCCCUGAAACCACACCACCAUGCACAGGGCCUUCACAAGUUUGCAGGAGACAGAGACAGUAAACAUGAAAGCAGGAGGGAGGAAGUCAGAUUGAAGAAGGUUGAACCACAGCCGGCGCCAAGACUUGAUGAAGCCGGCGUGAAGGUGCACAGACUGAAACAACACAAGGCGUGUGCGUGUGAGAGAGGGAGGUUGGUAGUAAAGCAUGCGAUCUCUGCUGAAGGUGUGUCGUAGCAGGGUCAGCACCAGAAACUGUGGGAACCCCCUGUUUUGACACGUCUAACUGCAUUAAACCUGCGAGGUUUGCAGAAGCAAGACCACCCUCCGAUUUACAGUCAACCCCACUACGUUCAACACCUCUCAUUUAAAGAGCGAAGAGGCAGAGGUAAGGGAGAGCGCGAGAGUGAAAAGAGGAAGCUGUUACGAUCUAGAACUUCUCUGUUUUGGUUAAACAAAUAAUGUUGCACCUGGAGGGACAUUUCCUACUUGGACUGGCAGCAUCUGAGAGAUGACUGGAGCUAUUCUGAGCACUUCCAUCAUGAAGCCUCAUCACUGCUGGCUCGUCCUUCAUGUGUCCAUCUUGGCAGCGCUGCCUCUCCCUUUAAACGCUGACGGUGAAGAUUCAAAAUGUGAAACAGAACUUAAAGUAUGGCGUCACACAGUUUAUGAGGCCAGCGUUGGACAAGAGCUCACAAUUAACUGCCCAUUAACUUUCUGCAACAAUUCACCACCAACAGUGUUCUGGCAUAAACAAGGGGAAACUGCUGUCUCUGCCCCUAUUAAUGUCAGCAGUGACAACCACAUUAAAACAACCUGGAGAAUAACAAGCAAAAAUGAAGGGAUUUCAUCUUUGGUCUUCAAACACAUUGUCAGUAGUGAUUCAGGACAGUAUCGGUGUCACAGUGAAGGCAGUGUGAGUCAUGGCAUCAACGUCUCUGUUUAUGAGAACGGAGAGCUGCCCACUGCUGCAUGGAACGACGGCAUGUAUGUUUGGAUGUACGUUUACUUUUCUGCUGGGAUUGCAGUAUUUGUCAUUAUAGUCAUCAUUAUAUCUGUGAUAUCAAUGCGAGGCUGUAAAGGGAAAUCAAAGCAAAAGACACACACUGAUAAUCAGUACAUGGAAAUCCCGAUGUUGGAGCGACCCUCCUCACAGGCCUCACCCAGGGGAAGCCCCCUGGCCCCGCUGCCUCGGAGGUCAACUCGAAGAAAGUCACAGGAGGAUCAGCCCAGCGGUCUGACAACACCACGAGACAAUCGGCAUGUUUACAGCCACAACAGGGAGGACGGGCAGAGACAGGUGACUGUGGAGGGGGAAGAGCAAGCCUCUGUGGUCUAUGCUGCUCUCAACCAUCAGCUGCCACCGGGGACCGCUGCCCGUCCCCCGAGGCUUCACGUGGAGGAGGCGUGUUCAGAGUACGCAGCCAUUCGUGUGUCCUAGCGGAGUGGACCUUGGACUAAAUCACCAAAACCUGGGGCCGUAACAGUACGUGGAGUACCACAGACUCUGGACCUGGAUAAUGGAAAUUCAACUCACACUAGUAGUAAAGGUGAUCAGUUCACAGUGGAACAGUCUGGAGGUCUAGUUAAAAGUGAACCUAAAAGCAACCUUCUCACAGCAGGGAGUGCAGAUCAAGAAAAGUCGUUUGUUUUAUGCUUGUUUACUUCUAUGGUCUUGAUCCAGUCUACCUGACAAGAGUUUUCUCAAAAGACCUCAAAUAAAUGAUCACCUUCACCAACUAUCCUGACUUUAACUUCCUACACACUUGCAGGGGUUACACUCGAGUGACCUCAGCUAAUGAAACAAACCUACAACUACAUCACUCAGUCUGGAUUCUGAUAAAAGCAACAUGUACCUGUCUGAGGGUGACUGAAAGCAAAAGAACUAAAGACAGGAAGUGAAACUGGGAGGUGAGACCAUUUUACCACCAACGCACAUAGAUUUUUUAAUUUGAACUGUACUGGAUCCCCCUUGUUACUGAGUUUGACUUCUCCUAAGGAUCUGAGUUUAUUAUUAGGAUCUAUUUCACUGACACGUUAAUUAGUCUGUUCAAGUGUAUGCAGGGCUUCUUAUGUGUCUUAUAACUGGAUAAUGGUUAAAAUAAUUGCAUUCACAAGCAUGUCAUUGUGAAUAUUCUAAGUCUAAAAGCUUAUUUAGCAUCAGGGCCAUCCACACAUCACCGUGAAACUGGUUUAAACUAAGUUGCAAUAUUGUAAUUGUUAAAGAAUGUGCAUAUUUAUCACCCACUGUUAACAAACUGUGUUUCACAGUAUUACUGGUACCUUAAAUGAAAUCAUUAACACAAACUAAUUACACAAAUAGUGAAUAUUUGCACAUAGCUGUAUUUUGUGUGAAAUUAAUAACAUUAAAAGUGUAAAUCUCUAUCUUACCUGAUAAUAUGAUAUCCCUGCAGAAUAUCAUAUUAUAGUGGUUUGUGAUUGCUAGAGUUACAUACAUGUAAUGUUGAGAGUGACACAUUUGAUGAUGCUCCAUGUGUACAGGUGUCCAUGUACAUCUUACAUUCGGGCACUGUAUUUGACUUAGAUUAAUGCAGGUGGAGAAAUAGUUUAAAUUUGGUUACAAAGUUUACAGGCGCUCAGGAAACCUUCCUUUAACACAUUUGUUCUGAUUGUAUCUACAGUUAUUAUAGAUUUGCUUGAGAGCUUGUUUUGAAUGUUUUGUAUACCACUCCUUCUGUACGUUAUAGCCAAGACUUGAAUUUGCAUCACAUUAACAGUAAGGGGUGUUUUCUUGUGUGCUGAGGUAAAGACAAUAUAGGAGGUGAAUCAUGAUGAAUGAAAAUGAAUGAAAAUGUGCAAUCAAAUAAUAUAAUGUGUACAAAUAACUGUUUGAUUGAAAUCAAGAUUGUAUGAUUUAUCACUAGUGCAUCUGAUUGAAGCUAUUUUAUUCCUAUAAAGGAAAAUAUACUGUAAAACAGAA